AUGGGGUGGGCGGCGCGGUUCCUGACGGCGGUGUCGUUCCUGGCCGCGGGGGUCCUCUUCGCGCCCGACGCGCUGGGCGCCGGCGCCGCGGCGGCCGCGAGGCUGGUCCACGUCCUCGCCUUCGCCACCGCCUGGGGCGCCGGGCUCUGGGUCACCUUCGUCGGCGGCAUCGUCAUGUUCAAGUACUUGCCGAGACACCAGUUUGGGAGUCUGCAGGGGAAAAUGUUCCCAGCAUACUUCAUGUUGAUAUCAGUAUGUUCAGCGAUAUCCGUGGCAGCAUUCGCGUACCUGUACCCCUGA